CUGACGUACCUUUUAUAGGAAGCGACAGACCGCCGAGGUGAGGAAGGAGGGGGGCAGCCGGGAUGGCAGCUUCAGGGGAAGAAGUAGUUGAAAGUUGUAUUUUCUGUUUGAUAGCCAACGACAGAGACAGAGAAACGAAAAUCAUUAAAAAGACUAAGGAGCUGGUGUGUUUUAGAGACAUUUACCCUGCUGCUCCCCAUCAUUACCUGGUCAUACCCGUACAGCACAUAGUCAGCUGCCACUCCCUGCACAGGGGACACAUCGGCCUCGUAAAACAGAUGGCUGAGUUUGGGAAAGCCGUGCUUCGAGAUAUGAACGCUGAUAUGAACGACAUAAGCCUGGGCUUCCACCAACCUCCCUACACCUCAGUCGAUCACCUCCAUCUCCACGUGCUUGCCCCCUCCAGCCGGAUCUCAGAGUACCUGGGCUAUAAAUUCAAUCCAAAGAGUAGCCGUUUUGUAACUGACAAACAUCUGCUGAAGCAUCUGAAGAGUAAAGAUCCGCCGGUCAAAGGUUUCAAAAGGAAAGCUCUGAAAACACCGAUGGAGACUCGGGACGCUUCUGGGAGCGAAGAUUGUCCUUUCUGCCGAAUAGCGCAGGGCCAGACCGACGCAGAGAUCCUGCUCAGCGAUGACGAGCUGCUCUGUUUCCGUGACAUGAAGCCUGGCGCCACACAUCACUACCUCGUCGUUACCAGGACGCACAUCGACAACUGCAAAAGUCUCCAGGAGGGAGACAUACCUCUGGUGGAGCGGAUGGUAGAAAUGGGAAGAACUGUGCUGGAGAAGAAUAAAGUCAGCAACCUAGAUGACGUCAGAUUUGGGUUCCACAUCCCGCCGUUCUCCUCCGUUCCGCACCUCCACCUCCACGCUCUGGCUCCAGCCAGUACGAUGGGCUUCAAGUCGCAGCUACGCUACGGGCCGCAGAGUCACUGGUUCAUCACAGUGGACAAAGUGCUUUCUCAGUUGAAGAUUCGUGGCAAAGUCAACUGAAGCCUUUCAAAGUCUGUCUUUUGUUUUUACACUGUUAAUUUAUUGGCAUUUUUGCCUCAAUGAAUGCGAUUUUGAAAAUGUUUAUGAUGAUAUUUUAUUGUUGUGAUGAUAUGUAUUUUUUCUAUGCUGUUUGCUGAUUCAGCUGCGGUGAAAAGUGCAAAAGGUCUCUUUUUGUUUUGAGGAUGGAAGCUGUUAAAUUUCAAACUUUGAACUUUAACGUGUCGAAUGAUGGUGAAUAAUCAACGAGGAGAGAAUUACAGCUUUUAGGAUGUCUUUUUUUUUUACAUAAAACACUUUUAAUACUAACUUGAGAAUUCAUUACACAUAUCAGAAUCAAUUUAAUUAUUAUUUUCACUAUUUUAAGUCAGUGUUUAUCAAGAAGGACAAUUAUACUUGCACAUAUUGUUGACGUGUGUUUGUGUAUAUGACAUCUUUUAAUUGUAAUUAAAAUGUAAAGAAUCACAAAUAAAACUAUACAUACUAUA